UUCUCCAUGCCCUCGCCGUUGUGGUUGCGCUAUCGGGAGUGUUAGGUAUUGUUAUCAUAUAUAUCGAGUUCUACUAUAUUGUUGUUGACCAUGGCCGAGGACAAUAGUAGUAACGACCACAAUAAAAGGGGACGGGACUCGCCCGUGAAUUCCUUCCUAUCGACCAUGACGUUUGCGUCGAACAGUUCGGGGACUCGAGGAGGGUGCGACUGCGACGAAUGCUAUGGAGCGAUGGGCUACACACCCCAAUCCAUUAUCGACGCGAUUCGUCGUCACAAGCGUCAACGACAUGAAAGUGGACCCAUAAAACGCACGCAAUUGCGGGAGUUGGUGGCGCGAGAAGGACAACUAUCCGUGUGGAAAUUCACCAUGCCCGUCGACGCGGCGCCCUUGAUUGAGUAUGGAGCGUCGCAUCGACUCGUGUGGAUUCGGUACUUGCCAAAGUCAUCCGCGUUAAAGACGAUUGGUAAGGGUAUUGUGGGUUCCCAAGAUGAAGAACGAGGGCGCAAAGAAUUAAAAUCAUGGAAGGAAGGAGACGUCUAUUUGGUACCAAGUAAUGGAGGAAAAGCCGUGGCGUGGAUACACGGGCGGCCAAACACAACAACCAACAACACGAAAGAUGAAGAAAGCAAAACGAGCGACAAUGAAGCAACGGAAGAUCAAACACAAAACGACGAUAACACCAACUCGGGUUCUGGGCAUGCCAUUGUUUACAUUUGCAAAAUUCCAAAGGAUUGCCUGGGAAACAACAACACGACAAAGCAAGAAGACAAUGAGGGAAACACCAUGCCAUGGGAUGAGAUUGUUCGUACUACUUGUAGAUCCGAACUGCAAGCAAUGGAAAAUGGCAACCACGCAGAGGAAGCAAACGGAAUGGCGUAUAAAAAACUGCCACAAGAAUCAUCUCGGUUGCUGAUAGAUUCUUUAUCCAAGCUUUGAAGAAGAGAAGAACAGCCAAAAAUAAAACAAUCUAGAACUGUCACUUCAGACAGUCUACACCGUGACAAAGACAUGUAAUAGGGAUGCAACCUCCAGAGUCCUUGACCUGAUGGUUCCCUCUACUUUAGUACAAUGCAUAAGAAUUAUCAUAAGAAUUGGAAGGGGCGGACAGUUUC